AUGGGCAGACCGCCGCGCCUAUUCAGCGUGACAAUCUGCGCCACGCGCAAGCCAGGAAUGGGCGAGGACGAGUACCAUCAGUACAUAAGCGAGACUCAUGCGCCGCUCCUCAAGAAACUCCUGGUUGAAAAGAAAAUCAUUGAUUAUACAAUGCAACACAAUACGUCAGCCCUGAUGAAGGAUCUACCCAAACUAUAUCCCAAUCUUCCAGUAGUCAACCACUCGCCUUAUGAUGCACUAGUCACCAUUGUUUUCCGGGACCCUCAGGAUUACAUUGACGUCAAGAAUGAUCCACAUUUUGUGAAUGUGGUUAAUCCUGACCAUAAAAACUUUUCCGGCCCGGAAGGGACACACAUGGCGUAUGGCUGGUUUGAGAAGCAUGUGGCUGAGGGAAGGUUGAUUGAGGAAGCCCCAAGAGACUCAGGCUUUCUUUCAUGGGAUAGAACGUAA